AUGACGAGAAAUCUGGGCGACGGUCGGCAGAAGGUGGUCGUGUCCCUUAGAGAACCAAUGAGAUGUGCAUCGAGCAGCAAAGAGGGCCAAGGCGUGACAGGGCCCGUGAGGGCCGUUAGGGGCUCUAUGGUGGACCGACCAGGACGAGGGCUAGUCGGACAAGCAGGCGGCAAGCCAUCUGCACAUGGUACCCGCUUCAACGAGAGGCGUGACGGGUCCAUGCCCGCACGAUCUCGCUGGAAAUUCGCCGUGAGCCCCCUUGAACACCCCCCGGACCGUUACAUCCAGCAAGGGAUGCUUCCGCCGCGAACGUUGGUCUGUGACGAGGUCUGCGACUUGGACGGGGACGCUCUCUAG